AUGUCGUCAAUUACAUUGAGAGAUGCCCUUGGAAAUUCAAAGACUUCGGGCAUUUACAUCACCUUGAUCGCUCUUGCUGCGCUGUUUAUAUAUACCCUCUAUGGUGCUAUUUGGCGUCUGUAUCUCACCCCGAUUGCCCAUAUACCAGGUCCUUGGUUCGCGAAACUCACGUUCUGGAAUGAAUUCUAUUAUGAUGUCGUUCUUGGGGGAAAAUACACUUGGAAGAUCGCAGACUAUCAUGCGAUCUAUGGUCCAAUCAUUCGCAUCAAUCCGUUCGAAGUGCAUAUCAUGGACCCUGAAUUCCAUGAAGAGUUGUAUGUCCACUCCAACAAGCGCAAGAGCAACAAAUGGUUUUGGUCGAUGCGCAUGUUUGGCCAGCAAGACAACUCCGCCUUCGACACCCUCGAUCAUGAUAAGCAUCGCAUGCGCCGAGAGCCAUGGAACCCCUACUUCUCCAAGCAGUCAGUAUCUCGUCUACAACCUCUCCUAAUUCAAAGCUGCGUCAACAAACUGUGCGAUCGAUUAGCCGAACAUCGCGACGCAGGCAAGCCAGUCAUCAUGACAUACGCCUACGCCUGUCUGACCGUCGACGUAAUAUCCGAGUACUCCUUCCCAGCAGGUACCACCUACCUCGACCAACCCUCGUUCGACCAAGACCACUACCAAGCCUGGAUGGCGCUAUCCAAAAUCAGCCACACGCUGAAACAAUUCGGCUGGCUGUACCCCUUCCUCAGCAGCAUGCCAAUGUGGGUGACAAAAUACACCUCCCCAGAAACCUACCUGGUACUCCAACAGAUGGAACUCCUAAAACGCCAAACCACCGAAAUCAUCGCCCGUCGCCAAGGAACAAGCGACUACAAAGAAAGCACAGGCCGGCCCUCCCUGAUGGAAGCAAUCCUCGACUCACGCAUGCCCUCCUCGGAAAAGACCAUUAUCCGCGUCGCCGGCGCCGCUCAAAUCGCCAUCGGCGCCGGCACCCUGACUAGCAGCCACGCGCUGAAGCAUGCGACGUAUCACAUCCUCGCCAACCCUCCCAUCCACUCAAAGCUGAUGUCAGCACUGGAAGCGGCGAUCCCGGACCCCGACGCGCCGCCGAACCUGAAACAGUUGGAGAGUAUCGACUACCUUCUCGCCAUCUGGUUCGAGACCCUCCGCAACUUCCACGGGGUGACGCACCGACUGCAGCGGAUCUGCCCCGACCGCUCUCUGCAUUUCCAGAAUGUGGAGAUCCCCGCAGGCACGCCUGUGGGUAUGACGUCCGUGCACGUCCACAAUAAUCCAGACAUCUUUCCUGACCCGUAUGCGUUUCGGCCCGAGAGGUGGUUGCCGUUGGCGAGCGAGGGGCAGAGAUUGCAGCGGUAUAUUCUGGCGUUUGGGAAGGGCAGUCGGCAGUGUGUGGGGAUGGAGCUGGGGCGGGCGGAGGUGUUGACCGGGUUGGCGAAUGUGUUUCGCAGGUUUGGGAGGGGGAUGAGGUUGAAGGGGACGGAGAGGGUGAGGGAUAUCGAUGUUUGUUAUGAUGUGUUUAAUCCGAUGCCGAGUCGGGAGAGUAAUAUGUUGGUGGUGGAGUUUGGGAAGUGA